UCAGAAGCCCUCGCGUUUCGGAGCCUCCUCAGCUGGCAGUUAACACCGCGCCUGAGUCCUGCUGACCGCCCACGUCCAUCUCCGGCGGCACCAUGGGGGCCGUGCUGGGCAUCUUCUCCCUCGCCAGCUGGGUGCCAUGCCUCUGCGGUAGUGCGUCAUGUUUGCUGUGUGGCUGCUGCCCCAGUAGGAAGAAUUCUACUCUGACCCGCGUCACCUAUGCCAUCAUUCUCCUCCUGGGCACUGUUGUCUCCUGGAUCAUGCUGACUGAAUGGAUGGAAACGCAUCUGAAGAAAAUUCCUGGAUUCUGUGACGGUAGCUUUAAAAUCAAGACGACUGAUGCCACCCAGGAGGAGAAGGACUGUAGCGUGCUGGUCAGCUACAAAGCUGUGUACCGGGUCAGCUUUGCCCUGGCCAUCUUUUUCUUCAGCUUCUUUCUGCUCACGUUCAAUGUAAGGACGAGCAAAGACCCUCGAGCGUGGGUGCACAAUGGGUUUUGGUUCUUCAAAAUCGCCGCCCUUAUUGGGGUCAUGGUUGGGUCUUUCUACAUUCCUGGCGGUCAUUUCACCACAGCCUGGUUCAUUAUUGGCAUGGCGGGGGCCUUCGUCUUCAUCCUUAUCCAGCUGAUGCUGUUGGUGGAUUGUGUUCACUCUUGGAAUGAGAGUUGGGUCAAUAAAAUGGAAGAAGGAAACCCAAGGUGCUGGUAUGCCGCUUUAUUGUCUGCCACCAGCUUCCUUUACCUCCUGUCGUUCGUCUUUGUUGUGCUGUUCUACGUUUACUUCACCAAGCCGGAUGGCUGCACGGAAAACAAGUGCUUCAUCACCAUUAAUCUGGUCCUGUGCAUUGUGGUUUCUGUCAUAUCCAUUCAUCCGAAAGUCCAGGAACACCAGCCUCAUUCUGGCCUCCUGCAGUCCUCCUCCAUCACCCUCUACACCAUGUUCCUCACCUUGUCAGCCAUGUCCAGUGAACCUGACGAUUCCUGCAAACCCAGCCUGCUGAGCAUCAUCACACACAUCACUGCGUCAGCCUCGGCCCCUGGGAAUUCAUCUACUCCAAGCCCUACAGUUGCUCCAUUAGCAAAUAGUGGGCCUUACCUGGAUAUCCAGAGCUGCAUGGGGCUGGGAGUCUCUGUUAUCUGCAUUGUGUAUUCUAGCAUUCGCAAUUCCAGUAAAAGCCAAGUGAGCAAGUUGACUUUGUCUGGGAGUGACAGCGUGAUCCUCAAUGACACAGCUGCCAGUGGUGGCAACGAUGAAGAAGAUGGACACCCUCGGCGAGCUGUGGACAAUGAAAAGGAGGGAGUGCAGUACAGCUACUCUUUCUUCCACCUCAUGCUCUGCUUGGCCUCCCUGCACAUCAUGAUGACCCUGACCAACUGGUACAGCCCGGAUGCGGAGUUCCAAACCAUGACCAGCAAGUGGCCAGCGGUGUGGGUCAAGAUCAGCUCCAGCUGGGUCUGCCUCUUCCUGUACACCUGGAGCCUUGUGGCUCCCCUCGUCCUCACCGGUCGGGACUUCAGCUGAACCUGAGUGCCACCAAGACCCCUGCGAUUCAUAAAGGUCUCCUGCUGAAAGCUCAUGUCCCUUUUAUCGUUGCUUCAGUGACAAGAUUCAGUGACUAUGUCCCCGUUUACGUCAGAUGGCAAGAUGGAGUAGUGCUUGAUCCGGGAUCUUAGCUUUUCACUGCGUUGUACAGUGUGUCUGUUUGUAAGGCUAUUGUACAGAAAGAAAGGUUUUGCAUUUUAACAUGAACUGCAGCUGUGCUGUGAAGAGAGUUCUUUAUUCUAGAUCUGUAGGUUUCCUACUGCUAUGAUUUCAAAUGUAAGAUAGACAAAUAUUGGGUAUUUGAGGCUAUCAGUAAUAUAUUUCUAUGGUAGUACCCUUCAGAAAGCAUUUAUCUGGCACGUGUUCUCUGAAAGCUCUCCCUGCGUACACUUGGGAGUGUGAGGGCAGGAGAGCUCCCCUGUCCCCAAAAGAGCGGUUGCCAGGUGGCUGCUACUUUACAUUUUGAGUCUUUAAUUUAGAAAAAAACAAAAAACACUGUGGCAUCGGUGCUGCUUGAUUUGAGUUCAUGGCUUUGCUAAGUAUGCUCCUGUCCCCAGACACUUUGUGGGCGGGUUAGUGAAGAGCUCCCUGGGAAAGCAUUGCACUGCCAGUCUGUAAUUCUUUGGUUAUGAGUCUGUAAAAAUCAAAUGCAUGUGGAUUUACUACAUUUGCACUCUAAAGAUAUUUGAUUAAAAUGGAAAGACUUUAAGCUUAAAGCCCCUUUUUUAAGUAGGUUUUUGGAAUCAGUAGCCAUUGUGUAUUGAUGGGAUUGUAAGGGACAGGAGGGUUGUUGAGCGCCUAGCCAGUCGGUCCAUUCUGUCUGCCGUGGAAGAGCUGCUUUGUAAGUAACAUGGGCGUCACCGAAAGUUGCACUCACUGUUGUCUUGGUGGAUGAGAAGCGAGAGGGACCGUCAUGAAACUCAUCUGCGAAGGGCAGCGUGCCUUGCUGCUCUCUAGACAAAAAGACUACUUGGGUGUCUUCCCUGCAUCAGGCACGGUGAGGCUCUGAGGGUAGCACACACGGCACCGUCUGCCAUGUUGGACUGAGAGUGCCGAGCAGACAUGAGAGGAGACAGUGUGGUGGCAUUCAUGUGAGGGUUUAGAAAUGAAAGUCUGUAGACUUAAAGACUGAGAGGUGCCUAGUCUGUCACGGUAAGCUUCCUGCAGGAGGGACCUCAAAAGCAAGAACGGUUACAAAUUGGGGGUGGGAAUGUGUCGGACGGGCAGGUGAAGCUGGGUGUGUAAGGCAGGGCAAUUGGGGGCGGGGGUUAGUAUAGCUAGAACGGGGAAGUGGGCAGAGACCAGAUUAUGGAGGGAUUUUAAAACCACACUUGAGUGUAGACCUUGUGUGACCGGCCAAAGGGAGCAUACUCAAAGUCGGCAAUUGAUCAGAUGCAUGGGGGGAGGUCGAUUAGGGGGUGAUGCUGGGCUAAGCGCCUAGGCAGUCGGUGUUCCGUUUAUUUAGGAGCAGAAGGACACUCGGGUGGCGGCGGUCUUAAGAGUGGUAUAGCAGGGACUGCAUCCAGCGUACCCAAUGUCUGGCUGUUGGACUGGCCGGCUGAUAUUUAUUGAGUGCCCACUGCUUGGGCUUGAACCUCGGUGUUGCCUUCAUUUGUACAAUCGAUGGCUUCGAGCCCUGUUUCCUGAAGUUGGUGAUCUCAUUCCCUGGGGGACACUGGACUGAUUGGGUGGGUGGGGGGGGUGCUACAGAAGCAGAUGCCGACACCAUCCUGGAUUACAGGCUCGAGCACAGAAGUGUUUCAUUGCAGACUGAAUCGUCUUUUUUGUUUCUUUAACCUAAAGUUAAAGGACGUUUGGUAAGCCUACGGGAACCUAUGGCUUUGAGUAAAUUUGCCAAGUGGGUCACACUAAGCAUUCUGGCGAGGCUGCUCUUCUCAAUAUUUGCAAAAAUGAGACACGACAGUAUUAAAGGGCAAAGAUGUUUGGCCAGACUUGGAUGGAGCCUAUAGUCAAGCUGUUCCUCAGAGAACUGAAGAGGUGGGAGGUGGGACAGGGCCGAGAGCAGGCAGGAGUGGGUCAGGGCCUGAGAAGCAGGGCUUAAUAAUGCAUUGCUGGAACCAAGUUUUUGAAGCCAGUAAAUGGUGUCAGGGUCCAGAGUGGAAGCAUCACAACAUUUGCGGGGCUGGCCGCAACUGGAGCUCUGCAUUGACCCCUGUGGACCCAGAGGCCCCCUCUCCUCAGCAGCAGGACCAGUCAGGUGAAGACUUUACAAGUCCUCAGCUACAAGACACAUAGUACUUCCACCCUGCACCCCCAGCUUCCUGUAACUCAAAAUUAAUGUAAUUCUAACCUGUAAAAUACAUGUAAUAAAAACCUGAAUAAAGUGUU